AAUGUUUUAACGAAGCAUGGAAGUUCCACCGGCUAUCACUUCGGUCGAUCAUCGAGGCUAUUUCACAACCACAAGCCUGUUCAGCAGAGCUCUGCAGGUCAGCUCCUCCACCAAAAACCGAGCGAGCGAGAGGAGAGCCCGGUUCCCCGCUGCCCCUGCUCCCUCACUGCCAGUGCGGAAGGAAGAGUGAGAGUGAGAGGGUGAGAGGGUGGAAGGGAGGGAUGGGACGCGUUUCUGCACUCAGAGCAGAGCACAAGAAGCGGCCGAAAACCGAGGUGCGGGGGCGGUCCGCGUCGAAAUGAAAGCAGAACAUCUAGUCGGAUUCAUUUCUCUGUUGACGUGCAGUCCGGCGUCCUUGGGCUGAAGCAGCGAGUCCGAACCAAAUCACGGAGUCGGUUCAGCGAAGCCUCGCACGCUCCGAGCAACCUCGGUUUGGGAAGAGGAUCCAGGACGGCGUGGAAUUGGUGUUCAUCUGUUACAGAGAGAGGAGGUAGAGCCAGAUGUCUUUGGUGUGAGCUCACUCUGACUACAGGCCCACGUGGAGGGGUAGGGGUGAGCAGUUGAUGAAAACACUCCACACACCCCUUUCUCCCUGCCUCCGAGCUCCUCCUCCUGUGGCCCCGUCGUCAUGGCGAUGAGUAGCGAUCCUGGAUGCAUGGGGACAGAGCCUGACCCCGACCCCGAACCCUCCUCCCAGACCGAGCUGGCUGAUAAGAUGGCCGCCAUCACCAUAACAGACCCAUCAACCAAUGGGCUGAGGAAUGGGGCGGGGAUCCGGAAAGCCCCACCACAGCGACCGCACCUGUCCGGCAGGAAGAUGUCUCUACAGGAGAGAGGGACGUACCUGUCUGCAGGGGGUGGAGCCGAACGAUACCACCAUAUUUCCCCACGGGCCGCCCGCAGGCCCACCAUCGAGUCCAAGCGCGUGUCCAUCUCGGACGCACAGGACUGCAUCCAGCUUAACCAGUACAAACUGAAGAGUGAAAUUGGAAAGGGCUCUUAUGGAGUGGUCAAACUGGCUUACAAUGAGGAUGAUGACAAGUAUUAUGCAAUGAAAGUGGUCUCUAAGAAGAAGCUGAUGAAGCAAUAUGGAUUUCCACGCCGCCCUCCUCCGCGGGGUCCAAAAGCAGCCCUGGGCGAGCAGCCUAAAGUGCUUGGGCCCCUGGAGAGGGUCUACCAAGAGAUCGCCAUCCUCAAAAAGCUCGACCACCUCAACAUCGUCAAGCUGGUGGAGGUGCUGGAUGACCCAGCUGAGGACAAUCUGCACAUGGUGUUCGAGCUAAUGCAGAAAGGGCCUGUGAUGGAGGUACCUACAGAAAACCCCUUCAGUGAAGAGCAGGCACGCCUCUACUUUAGAGACAUCGUCCUAGGCAUCGAGUACUUGCACUAUCAGAAGAUCGUCCACAGGGACAUCAAGCCGUCUAAUCUGUUGCUGGGAGACGAUGGCCAUGUGAAGAUUGCUGAUUUUGGUGUUAGUAACCAGUUUGAGGGGAAUGAUGCCUUGCUCUCCAGCACGGCUGGGACUCCUGCUUUCAUGGCCCCAGAGACCCUUUCUGACAACCGCAAGAGCUUCAGUGGAAAGGCUCUUGAUGUGUGGGCAAUGGGGGUGACGCUCUACUGCUUUGUAUUUGGAAAGUGCCCUUUUAUUGAUGAGUACAUACUGGCUCUGCACAACAAGAUCAGGAGCAAGCCGGUGGAGUUCCCCGAGACGCCGACUGUCAGUGAAGGCCUGAGGAACCUAAUCCUGAGAAUGCUGGACAAGAACCCAGACAACAGGAUCACCAUUCCUGAGAUCAAGCUGGACCUCUGGGUCACUCAGGAUGGUGCUGACCCAUUGCCUUUAGAAGAAGAGCACUGCACAGUGGUGGAGGUUACUGAAGAGGAGAUUCAAAACUCUGUCAAAUUCGUCCCCAGCCUCUCUGCUGUGAUCCUGGUGAAGGCCAUGUUGCGGAAGCGCUCUUUCGGGAACCCUUUCGAGUGUCCCAGCAGGAGAGAGGAGAGGUCCAUGUCUGCCCCAGGAAGCCUGCUAAUGGACUCAUGGCCGUUCCGCCCCUCUCUAAAACUCCACCCUUCUUUAAGAAAAGGUAGCAGUGGAGAAGGUGGAAGAGAGGUGGAGCUGGAGGACCUGCAUGAAGAUGAGCCGCCCUCUUCCUGAGGGUCUUCGCCUCUUCUGACAUUCGCUGAUGACUGUACGUGCCCUGCCCUUUACUAACUACUACACUGGACAUCAAACCGAAUACUGCUGCACGCCAGUUUGCUGUCUGUUCAAGUUCAGUUCUGCUUGCACUUCUUGCUAAUUUAGUCGUAGCUCCUCUUUCCCACUCCUCUGAUGACUAUUCUUAUUCCAGAGCCUGGAUGCCAGUAGUUUAGCCUGACCACCCUUGCUUUUUGGUCCUGACUUGACCCUUCCUUCAUUCUGGACACCUGUAGCUGCAUGUCCACCAGCUCUCUUCUCCAUGAUGAUGUCAAUGGCUUCACUUUUCCCCACAGUGGAACUCCACCUGCCAGAAAGACACUGGGAACUUCAUGGAACAUGGACCUUCUUUCAUUUGACGUCUUCACUUUGGAAAAGCCACCCUUUAUAUUUCAUUCAUGCUCAAGCGGUCAGCAGGUCCUGGAUGAAGUGAGUGGACCUCUGCUCAAUCUUAGAGACUUUUGCUGAGUUCUAAGGUGUGUUUGGAGAACUGCCUUUGCUUGAAAGUGGACUAAGCUUA